AUGGGUGGCAAAGUCGGCUACUUGGUUGCAUUGGAUAUUGAGCACCACAUCUUCCUAUCGGAAUGGGCGAAAGAGUACCCUGAAGCGAAGAUUGUCGGUCCCCACGGCCUGCCAGAGAAGCGAGCCCAGCAGAACGAUCCAAAAAUUGGCAAAGAAGAGUUUGCAGUUGUGUUUACGUCUGAGAAGAAACGUGAGAUCAAGAUCAGCAAAGAGUUCGAUGUCGAUUUCGACUACGAAUAUGUCGAUGGCCAUGCCAAUCGCGAGCUAGUUUUCUGCUACAAGCCCGAAAAGGUAUUAAUUGAGGCUGACUUGCUGUUCAAUCUACCUGCCACCGAACAGUACAGUAAAGUUCCGGAAGGGGAGCGCCAGGCGUCAGGUGUGGUGGACAGAUUGUUUGCAAAACUUCAGAGUACCGAGGGUGAAGGUAAAUGGAUCAAAAGAUUCAAUUGGUAUAUACUUGCGAAGGAUAGACCCAGCUACAACGACAGCUUAAAGGUCAUUGCCGGCUGGGAUUUCCAUACUCUGAUUCCAUGCCACGGCGAUGUCAUUGAAGGCGAUGCCAAGAAGGUUUUUGACAGAAUCUUUGACUGGCACUUGGAUAGCAAGAACUGA